GAAGAAAACAAAUGCUUUAUACUUGCCGCUGGUUACGUGCCACUUUGCUAUGUGCUUUGCUGCGCUCCUGCUAUAGUUUUAUAAAGCUUAACACUUCAUACUCCAAUUAUGCGGUUAUAUACAAACCUAUGGAGUAUGCUGUCAUCGGUCAGCAAAAGGUACGCAAGGCGCCUGGUGCCUGCCCUAGAAGAUACAUAGUAGCUCUUACACAAUAACUUGCUGCUACUACUGGAUUGUUCCUUGGACUCCACCGGAUUUCAAGUUAGCAUGGCGACAGUGCGGGACCAGCACUCUGUGGAAUGUCAUGAUUACGCACCCUCAGGUUAAGUGGGUGGGCGGCUCCAAGGAGGUGUUUUGGUUCAACGGCCCCCUUCCCCACACCACGCUAUGCGAUGCUCACGUAGAGGACUACCAGGCGCGAGUGGCCAUGCAGCGGCAGCAACAUCGUGAGCAGCAGAAGCAAGGGCAGCAACAGGAGUUGACGCGACACGACUCUCAGCUUAGAGCGGAGUACGACAAGCUGUUGGUCGGGGACUGGUCAACCACCUACCUGUCUUGUUUGUGCUGCCCGCUGUCGCUCAAAACGUUGAAUCCAAAGAUGAAGCUCAUCGCGGUGCUGCGAGACCCGGUGCAGCGCGCCGUCAGCCGCUUCCUGGAGCAGCAGCGCUCCCGCCACCUGCCCUUCCACAAGCUGGUGGCCAACCACACCUUCGCCAGCUUCGUCGCCUCCUCCCUCGCCGACCUGCGCGCCUGCCUGGCCCGAGCGGCGCCCCUCUCCCUCGCCGCCGCCCCGGCAGCAGCCGCGGCAGGUCCCGGGGCUCUGGGCAGCAGCCUGACGGGCUCGCAGCAGCAGCAGCAGCAGGCGGGGGGUGCGCAGGAGCGGGCAUCGGACCCCGCUGCCGCACUCCAGGCGGCUGGGGCGGCGGCGGAGGCUGCUGGGGUGUUCCGCGGCUGGGGGGCGGGGUGGGGGCUGGGCAGGUGGAUGGAGGCGCAGUGCUUCGCUAGGAACAACAUCCUCGGCUACUCCGCGUACGACAUCUUCCUGGAGAACUACCUGGCGCACUUCCCCAGGCAACAGCUGCUGGUCCUCUACACGGAGGACCUGGCCCACCGCCCCACCGCCACCUUCCGGUCCCUGGAGGCGCACCUGGGGCUGCCAGCCUGGCAGUACGACAGCGGGCUGACGGCACUGGCGUACAACACCAGGGAGUGCUACGGCUGGAAGUGCUCCCGCAAGAAUGGCACCUUGCGGUCGCACUACGACCUGACCCGGCAGGGAGCUGCUAGCACCGCUGCGGGCGGGAGCAGCAGCGCCAACAGCCGCAGCAUCAGCAGCAGCCUCGACGACCACCACACAGGCAACGCUGGCACUAGGGAAGACAGCGGCAGCGGCAGCAGUAGCACGUCAAGGGCAACAGCCGAGUUCAACCACGCUGUGUCGCAGCUUGUUGCUUUCUACCGCCCGCACGUGCAGCGGCUGUUGCGGUGGGCGGAUGCGGGGGUCAUCGCGCAACCUCCGGAGGCCUGGCGAACGACGUACCGCACCCGUACGGAGGAGGAGGAGGAGGAGGAGUAUUAUGCGGAAGGCGAUGUCAGUGGGAAUUAUGGUAGUGGUGGGUAGGAGUGCAUGAUGGUUUCGGUAAGACUUGGAAUGCGUUGCGUUGAUGUCUGAUAGCUUUAUAUCGGUUGACGCAAUGCAUGGAAGUAGGGUGAGUGCCGCAGGUCAGGAGCUGGGCGGUUGCUAUCUGGGGGCAGGCGCAUCCCCGCAUGACAGCAACGAACUUGGGCUAAGAUGCCUGCUACGGAUCCCGAUGCAUGGGAAUGGUCAUCCAAAGACUGCUUGGACGUACCUGAAAGCAAGUACGGGGGAAUGUGUGAGUUCGGUAACGAGUGCGUGCAAGCCAUAGGUGGAAGCGGGUGGGGGUGGAGCGUAACUCACCUGUCAUGGGUGGAAAGGUCAUGCAGGGGUGUUUCGGCCAGGCGUUCGGUGUUGGGUAUACUGGCAAUACGCCCUGCGUUGUGCCUACAUGUGUGCGGCAUAUGCAUGUGCGUGCAUGUGAUUAGGGGAUGGUGUUUAUUUGCGUCGCAAGGGCUUGCUGAUGCAUAUUUGGGUUCCGUGCGGUCCAAGUCCACCCCAAAGGCAUGUGCGUUAUUAAGGGCCAAUGUUGCAGCCAUAUGCUUUUCUUUAUUCCCCAUGGGUUGGGAGCGCUGGAAUAUUGACGUUUGCUUUCACAUGUAACCCCCGCGGCAUUACGGUUUAUUCUAGGCGUGGCAGGUGGCUCUAGUAUCGGUGCUGGAACUGCUGACAGCUUGACCCAUGGGUCAGUGCCAGUGUUUUUUUUAGCGAUAAAUAACUGGUCCUAGGGCCGUGAGAAAGCGAUAAGGUGUCUGUGCCCAGGGUAUCUCAUCGCUCACACCCCCCCUGCCAGACCCUCUACAUGCUAGGGAUUUGGGUCCAGGAGGGCACUGGGACCAGUGAGAAGCGCCUCCGCAUUGGGGUUUAGGGGGCUAUGGGCACAUGUGACCCCAGGGGGCCGGCUUAGG